CCAAAGGAUCUGUCUCAGGAAUUUAAAGCACAUUUAAGACACACACACACUCACAUAACAUAAGGAGGGGGGGGAAAGCUCUUCCCCUCCUCUUCUUGCAGAAAGCAUGGAAGAAAGCUCCAGUUCUCCUGUUUCCCCAGUGGAUAGCUUGGGGACCAGUGAAGAGGAGCUGGAAAGGCAGCCAAAGAGAUUUGGCAGGAAGAGAAGAUACAGUAAGAAGUCCAGUGAAGAUGGCAGCCCCAACCCAGGCAAGAGGGGGAAGAAGUCCAGUCCCAGCUCCCAAUCCUACGAAGAACUGCAGAGCCAGAGGAUCCUGGCCAACGUCAGAGAGAGGCAGAGGACUCAGUCGCUCAACGAAGCGUUUGCCGCCUUGAGGAAAAUCAUCCCCACGCUGCCCUCGGACAAACUGAGUAAAAUCCAGACCCUCAAGCUGGCAGCAAGGUACAUAGACUUCCUCUACCAGGUGCUACAGAGCGACGAGAUGGACAGUAAGAUGACGAGCUGCAGUUACGUGGCUCACGAGAGGCUCAGUUAUGCCUUCUCCGUGUGGAGGAUGGAGGGAGCGUGGUCCAUGUCAGCCUCCCACUAGCCACCGGCUGCCCCCGGGAGUGUCCAGCGUCUGCAACUGAAGUGGAAUUGGGAUUUAUCCAAGUUUGUAGCUUCUGAAACCUUAAAAACCUCAAGUCAACUGGUCCAAAAGACCCCUCUUGACCUCCCUGGCUCUGAACUCUCGGUGGAGCACUCGGACUGAGCAGAAAACAGCACCAAACGGGCUGAAAGUUUGCAACCUCUCCCCCCAAAGCCGCUGACCAGCGGGAAGAGGAGAAGUGACAUUCCUGGCUGUCCAUUGCCGCCGGGUUUCGUGUCCGUCUGUCCCCGGCUUUGGGGUUUUAGCACCAAUUUUUAUUUUUUUUUUUUCUGAAAAAAAAACAACAAACCAAGAGAAAUCUUAAUUCAGGAACGCAUUGAUGAGACAUCUUUGGGUUUGGUUUUACUCCCCCUGAACUGUAGCGGGUUUGGGUUUGUGUUGUUUUUUUUUUCUUUUUUUU